UCCACUUUUGUUAUUCCUCCCCUCCCUUCCCGGUCCCUCCCUUCUCCCCGCCCCUGCCUUCUCCCCGCCCCUGUCGGCACUGCGGAGCCGGAGACGUGACCUAAGCGGAGCCAGCCGCGGCCUUUUCCUCCGCUGCUCCAGCCUCUCGCCGGAGAGUCGCAUGUCAUCUAUCCAGAACCUCCAAUCCUUCGACCCCUUUGCUGAUGCAACAAAGGGUGACGACUUACUCCCGGCGGGGACUGAGGAUUACAUUCAUAUAAGGAUCCAGCAACGAAACGGAAGGAAGACACUAACAACUGUUCAGGGAAUUGCAGAUGAUUAUGACAAGAAGAAGCUUGUGAAAGCUUUCAAAAAGAAAUUCGCUUGCAAUGGUACCGUGAUUGAACAUCCUGAGUACGGCGAAGUCAUCCAGCUUCAAGGUGACCAGAGGAAGAACAUUUGCCAGUUCCUCUUGGAGAUUGGCAUUGUGAAGGAAGAGCAACUGAAAGUUCAUGGCUUCUGAAAUCCCUGUACGCUCUUGAAGACCUCUGCUGCUUUUGGUCGUACCUACCCUGGCUCUUCUGUGAAACAUGAAUCUUUGCAGUGAAUGGACUUCCCUCAUACCACAACAUUCAGAAUUUGCUUUCAGUUUGCAUGAGUGUGUGAAACAGGUGGUGUGUAGGCUGGAAACACAUAAAAAAACUCCAAUAAGGUGGUAGUGAAGGCAUCUGUGAACUUUAACAAUUUCCAAUGGAAAUGUUUUAGUGAUGAUUGUUCAGAACUCUCCACCUGACUGAAAUGUGUGGGUUGUAUUAAAGUAGUGUUUGUUGUUGCUUAAAAAUAAAA